AUGGCGAAAGAAACGAAGAGGAAGUGUGAGCUGUGCGGGGAUGGAGCUAGGAUGUACUGCGACUCAGAUGAAGCGAGUCUGUGCUGGAGCUGCGACGAGAAGGUCCAUUCUGCCAAUUUCCUCGUAGCUAAACACUCCAGAACCCUUCUCUGCCAUGCCUGUUGCUCUCCGACGCCGUGGACCGCCUCCGGCGCCAAGCUCUGCCCCACCGUCUCCGUCUGCCCCGCCUGCCUCGACCAGAUUAGUCAUGUUCAGCUGCGGGAGGGAGAGGGAGAGAGUAAUCGUGAAAUGGGGAAUAGUGAUGUUCAGGAAUUUAUUGAUUCGGGAAGUGAUUAUGAUAGUGGAUAUAGUAGUGAUGAAUGUGAGGAUAAUGACAUGGAGGAGGAAGGGGAUGAGAAUCAGGUAGUGCCUUGGUCUGCUAGUUCGUCCCCGUCGCCGUCGCCGGACCAAGUUUUUCUAGCGGCGACGAGGGCUGUUUCUCCUCCAGAGACGGCGGCGGUGCAGCCUUUUCUGGUUGAGAGACGACGAUGA